GGACUCGGUCGGUUCAGGAUGACCCGGGCGUUGUGUGCACCUGCGGCCGGGGCUGUCCGGGCGCUGGUGCGCGCGCGCUGGGCUGCCCGCAACCUGCACCACCCGCGGCCCGCGAGCCGGGCUCGAGCUGGUGGGGCCCGGGCUUCGGUGGCCGGCGAGGAAGAGGACGACCCCGACCACGAUCGCCCCAUCCAGUUUUCCUCCAGCAGAGCCUCGCCGUCGCGCUGGACGGUGGAGCACUCCCUGGGGAGGGAGCAGCAGCGGCCCUGGUGGAGGGUGCUGCCUUUCAGCCUGGCCCUCCUGCUUCUCAUCGGUUGGUGCUUCGUCCGCGAGGAGACCAGCACCGACAGCUGGCUGCGUCGGAUACUGGAAGAGGAAGAGCCGGAGCCCCGGGGCUCUGCAGGGAGCCCUGCAGCGGCCCCCGGGGCAAGAACUUAACCAACCUGCCCUCGGGGCCAGCACCUGGGAGUGGGUGGACACGCCUUCUGGUUACCAGGUUGCAAACCGGGAGGCAGAAUCGCGGGUAAAGGGGCUGUGCCCGACGCUGCAGCGAUGCCGAGUCCAUUCAAAACACUUCGGCCCUGUAGAAGACGGUGAUUGCAGGUCGUACUGUUGCAAUUGGAAUGUCUCUCCAUUCCAUGCUUCCAAAAAAAAAACCAAACAAACAAUUCUAGGGACAUAUAAUUGAUCCCUGAAUGGCACCCGCGGGCGCCACCUCAUUUUUGUUGGGGAGGGGAUGGCACAUGAGAGAGUUAAACUGUUGUAUGGUGUCUUUGGCUUGUACACGUGGAUGUUAAUUUUACCAAAUAACAGACUGGAAACAUUUUAGGUGCAGAAGAUGUGGCUCGGGGUAGAGCACUUGCUUUGCAUGUGUGAGGCCCUAGGUUUGAUUCCUGGCACCAAAAUAAAGAAACUUUU